ACACACACACACACACACACACUCAGUAGCGCGCUCGUGCAGUGUCCGGAGUGUAACGGUUCCUGGCUCGCGCGCGUUGGGAACGAGAUGAACUUUUCCGAGAGUUUGGAGUUUUGGUCGCUGAGAGCGGAAGAGUAAAACUUUGAUUUGAUCUUAGUUCUUUUUACGGAGAGGUUUUAAACGUGCACCACGAUGAUGAGGAUGAGGAAGAGGAUGAUUUGCGCGCUCCUGGUUGCGUGUUUAUGCGCGAGCGCAGUUGCGCAGUACUCCAGUGACCAGUGCAGCUGGAGAGGGAGUGGUCUGACUCAUGAGGCUCACGCCCGGGAUGUAGAGCAGGUGUACCUGCGUUGCUCGGAAGGUUCUCUCGAGUGGCUUUACCCCACCGGUGCCAUCAUCGUGAACCUCAGGCCCAACACGUUUCCCGAAGCGGGUGCUGAAACGCGACUGAGCGCCUGCGUGAAGCCCCGGGCCGAUACUCGCGGAGCCAGCAUGUACGUGGAGCGAGCGGGAGUGAUGCGAAUGCUGCUGAGCGAGGAAGAGCAGGCGGCCGGCCGAGUCCGCUGCUUUAGCCUCAACGAGGGCGCGCUGUUUGUUCAGGCUUCGACACACACAGACAUCAGCAAGAGGGUCACCGCCUUUCAGUACGAACUGAUCAGAGGAGAGCGAGCGACAGCAGGAGAGACGCUUUCAACUACAGAUCCGUGUACACCCUGCACUGACGAUGAGAUUCUCAUGGCUGUCUGCACCAGUGACUUCGUGGUGAGAGGCAGCAUUGAGUCAGUCGUGGAAGAUGGUGAUGACGAGCAGCAGGCCUCAGUGUUGGUGUCAGUGAGUCGGCUGUAUCGGCAAAAGCGACGUGUUUUUGAGGGACGAGGGCGCAGCCGGUGGUCAGGACGCGUACGGGUCCCACGGCGUUGUGCGAUCCAGGUGGAGCAGAGAUCGGAUUCAGGGGUGGGACAGUGGGCGGGACUGGAGGAGUUUCUGUUCACGGGAGCUGUGAGGUUUGGCGAGGCGCGUCUCGGCUGCGCUCUUCAAUAUCGAGACUUUUUACUUAUGUACCAGGCUGCCGUGGAAUCAGGACGCAACCCCUGCCAUAUGGACGUGAACUGAGAACACAGACGGGAUCACGUGUACAAUCAAUUUUGUUGUCAAUGAAAGACCCGCUCCAAAUUUAUGAUCUUUGGUUCCUACAAAGAUGAAGCUGGGGGGGGGGUUGUAAUGAACGGCACGCUGUGUGUUGUUUCUGGCUGUUCAGAGACGAUAUGAAGGAUCAAAAGACUCAAAACCUGAGACUGUGUGUGUAUUAUCAGAGCUUUUCCGCCGAACAUUGCGUAACGUCACAGCUCGAUACCAUAAAAACAUAUAUUGUAUUGCAAUAUUCAUUUUCAGUUUCUCAUCAAGGUACAAAAUAUCCUCUGUUUUCACUAAAAUUUAGGUAUUGACCCCGGCUGUCAUCAUGAUCAAUACUUCAGCCUGUGAGGUGAAAUGGACGAUAGCGCGACAGAAUUUUCAGAAUGUUUCAAAAAGAAUUAAUUUAUGAAUUUUUAUGCAGUAUUAACUAAUCAUGUUGGCAUUUAUUCAAACAUUAUUCAAACAUUUUUAGUGGCCCCUUUUUAUUAACUGCAGCUCUAGUAGAGUCUGGAUCAGCAAAUAUAACAACUUCCAUCUUAACUUUAUUCAAAUGUAGGAAAGUCCGUCAUUUAAUAGCCCAGAGACAAUCAAGGGGAAGUUGCAAAGAGAGAUUUUCAGGAGUAUGAAAUAAGUCAAAAUUCAACUGUAUAGGACCCACAAUGGAGCCCUGAGGUACACCGCUCUUUUUUUGGUUCCAAAACUUGUAAAAUUUGCUUAGUAAUUUACUAAUCGUGCUAACCGUUAGUCAUCACAACCAAGGCGUGAUAUGACAUGGAUAGUCCUCGGUUAGAGCCGUACCGUGCCACACUGUUCAGAGGAAAAGCGUGUGUGUGUGUGUGUGUUGGUGUGUGUGAGACCUCUUAUACAUGUGUAUACCUGGGCUGUCAUAACAACACAUCCUGUACGAUUCCAGCUAGGUCUGAGUGCGCUAUGGAAAGGUUUUAAUUAGAUCAGUAAUGAAAAAUACAUGCAAUUCUGAAAUGUUUCAUUUCUUCCAGAAACAGUGUGCCCUUAUUGGCCACGACUGCAAGAUUGAAUUGAUCUCAGAUUUAAACAAUAUAUCCUAGACAAAGAUCAAUCUGAGAACCGAUCGAGUAAACGGUUUCUGAGAGUCGGCUGAACCCGAGAGUCAUGUAUGACCUUGCGUUUAAGACCAGAUGAUGGGAAACAGUGCCGGUGGUUGAGGAUGUUGUGUGUCUCACGGUGUCGUGUCGGUCCUGUUGUACAGUGAGAGGACUUCUGUUGCUGCUUUUGUUAGAAAGCUUUCUGUAUAGUUCAGUCGAUUCUUCUGACUGAGUUUUAAGUUCUUUAUUGUUCGUGCAUAUAGGUGUUUGUGUGUGUGUGCGUGUGCGUGUGAGUGUUUGUACAGGUUUUUUUCCUCUCAGGCAGUAUGAAUAAAACACUUUCCGAAACUAAAAGUGUCAAAUUCGUAUCUGUGUGGAAGCUGUAUUAUUCUCUCUCUCGUGGGGCAAAACUGUUGGCACCCACAGAGAAAGUGCAUUGUUUUGUAUAUAUGCGUAUUGGGACUGUAAUGUUGCUGUCCGUAUGGGGGUAUUAAAGUACAGCUCAUUGUG